GCGGCGUCUGCUAACUGCUUGUGUGACAGUCAAUACUCCUACUUAAACGCUACUUCUCUUUUGACUGCUUUUACUACUUUUGGUGGAGACUGGAGGCUAUUCUUCGAAGGGAGAAAGUACUGCCUAAACGUUAGAUAAGGAAAUAAAACAGCGUAAACAUGGAGGUGCUUAAGGAGAAAAUUAUUCAUGUUCAGGACCUUUAUAAAUGGGCAGAUUCAUUGUCAGAUGAACGUGUCAGAGAGUGGCCACUGAUGUCAUCCCCCCUGCCAACCCUUGGCCUGGUGGCAGUCUACCUCACCUUCGUCAAAGUGGGGCCAAAGGUCAUGGAAAAUCGUGCUCCAUUUCAGCUAAGAAUUCCCCUGAUUUUAUACAACCUGGCUGUCAUGUUGCUUAAUCUCUACAUUGGAGUUGAGUUGGCAAUUGUUUCUGUAAGACUCCGAUAUAGCUGGUUUUGUCAACCUGUUAGCUACUCCAAAAACCCAGAUGAAAUGAGGAUAGCAGCAGCAUUAUGGUGGUACUAUGCAUCAAAAUUGAUAGAGUUCACAGACACAGUGUUCUUCAUACUGCGGAAGAAGAACAACCAGCUCACCUUCCUGCACAUAUAUCACCACUCAACCAUGUUUUGCUUGUGGUGGAUAGGAAUCAAAUAUGUUGCAGGGGGCUCUUCUUUCCUUGCUGCAAUGAUGAACAGUUUUGUACAUGUAGUCAUGUAUGCCUACUAUGGACUCGCAGCUUUUGGUCCCUCAGUGCAAAAAUAUCUUUGGUGGAAGAAACACAUUACCUGUAUUCAGCUGGUUCAGUUUGGCAGUGCUGGUGUACUAGGAGCCCGUGCCAUAGUUGUGGGCUGUGACUUUCCAUUGUGGAUGCAGUAUGCACUGGUUGUGUACAUGGCCAGCUUCAUGUUCCUCUUCGGGCAGUUCUACGUGCAGGCCUAUAGACGCAAGCUGAUGACUGCCUCCAUUGGUUCACAGGAGAAGAAACUCAAGGAUGGCAGAAAUGGUAACAUGCGCCACCAGAAUGGGACCAAUGGGGUGAUGUCCAAUGGGGUAUCUCCUAGUUCAAAAUUUGCUAAAGGAGAACAGAAAAAGUCUGAUAAGUCCAAUGGGGAGUCCAAAUCCCACCGCACCAAUGUCCGCACAAGAGCCCAGUCGCGCCGUGAGGGCCGUCCACGCCACGACUCUUAAUCAGGGAUGCAUAAUAGACAUAUGCUGCCAGACUCACAUCAGAAAUGACAUUUGAACUCAACAUUUACCACUAGUGCAACCAUAAAGGGUGCAGCAAGGUUUUCUCUCUCUCUCUUUCUGUCUUGCUUUUCCUCUCCAGAAAAGGGGAUCAUGGACAUUAUUGUGGAAUUGCAAAAUUGAUUAUGUGGGAUUGUUUAUUUUAAUGGCUGCUGUAAAAGAUUGAGAAAAGAAAUCUAUAUUGUUUUGAGUGACUGAAUCUCAUGAUUUUCUUGCCCAUUCUUCUUCAAGUGUGCAUUUUAUGAGAAUUGCAUUCCAUCAUUUAAAAAGUGUUUAUUUUUAUAUAGUUAUUGGAGCUGUUGAGAAAAACUCAUUUUACUUUUUGUGGCUUAAUGAAAAGUUGUGGGGACAUAUUGGCAUUAUGCUGGAGGUGUUUUAAUGUAACAAGAACAUCUUUGUGAUCAUUUAUGUAAGCCAUAUACUAUGCCAAUGCAGUGUGUGAUAGGAUGAAUAAGCCAAAGUAGUAAUAUUGUCAUUGUUUCUUUUGCACAACGUUUUCUGUGUCUGUGCAAAUGAAUAUCAGGGCUACAUAGCUACAUAUUUAAGUAUUUUGAAUGUUAUCAUCAUUCCUUAAUGGGUUUAGAAUUCAAAGAACCUAGUAUUUUGAAGUAAAGAGUCAAACCUCUGAUAGGUAGACUCAUAACAUUUCCAUUAUUUUUAAUAUCAAAUUUGAAAAGAAAGAAACAAGUGCAACUGAGGUACAGAAAAGUGUUGGGAAAACAUUAGUUUUUUAUCAUCCAGCACCUGGUUAAUUUUCAAAUGAAAUGGUUUAUAGAAGGAAAGCUUUGUAGUUGAUUGUGUGGCAAUAUAAAUGCAGUGCAGCUCUUGUUGUAAUGUUGAUCACUGCCAUAUAUGUGUGUGUCUUUGUAUAAUCUGUAUAAUAUAUGUACAUAUUUAUGUAUAUGUAUACAGUAUACUGUAUAUGCAAAUAUAU